UCGUUGUAUCCUUUAUAAUAAAUAGAUAUUUUGUGAUCGAAUGUUGAGUCAGUUUUCAGUUGUUUAACAACCGCCAGAAAGUUUUCAAUUUGGGUGAAGAGGUGCGUCACGUCACUUGCGCCACCUGGCGAGCCGCCACUGGUGUAAUCCGAUGUACUGCCAGUGAUAAAUUGUUGCGGCAUCGUAAUUACUACCAGUCAGACUUUAGACGAUGGCACCGAAAGUCGAAAAGCUAAACGUCGAGACGACCUCCCUAGGUGAAGGACCCCACUGGGAUGACGAGACCCAAAGUCUUUACUACGUCGAUAUCAUCAAACAAACAAUCAACAAAUACGUGCCCUCGACAAAAAAACACACCAAAGCAUACAUAGGUAAGAAUGUUUCAAUAAUAAUUCCCGUGAAGGGACAAACCGAUCAGUUCGUUAUCACUUAUGGACGAGAAAUUGCUCUGAUAACGUGGGACGGUGAGAGCGAAAAAGUCGCAAGCCUGAAGAUAUUGCAUGAAGUGGAUGAAAACACAGAGAAUGUUUUGAAUGAUGGAAAGUGUGAUCCAUCAGGAAGACUUUGGACAGGUACCAUGGGGGUCGCGCCGCCAGACGAUGAUAUUCCUGACGGGAAAGGCAACUUUUACAGUGUAAAAAAUGGAAAAGUAACCAAACAUCUAACCAAAAUAGGGAUUUCCAAUGGAAUUGCUAUUGACGUUGCUGCAAACAAAUUUUACUACGCUGACUCUUAUAGGGGUACACUCGACCAAUACGACUUUGACAUCAAAGAAGGGACUAUAACUAACAAAAAACCAAUUUACACAUUAUUCGAAAAACUCGACCCAGAAGCAGAAUUAAUAGUGCUGGAUGGGAUGACGAUUGAUUCAGAUGGGAAUUUGUGGGUGGCUGUUUUCAAUCAAAGUCGUAUGAUAAAGGUCAAUCCUAGAAAACCAGGAAUUAUAGAGGACUUUAUCCAAAUUCCGGGUAAACAGCUAUGAUUUCGAGAACAUGAUUUGAAAAC